AUGGUUGCAAUAGUAUACGGGUUCCCUAAUAAGAUUAGUGCUUUGCAAUUUGAACAUGCGUGGCAACAUGGCUAUCAAACUCAUUAUAUUAGUGAAGACGAGAGAAUCGUCAAGGCCAAAAAUGGAGGGAGAAGUUUACACCAUAAGUUAGGUCUAAUCAGGUUGUUAUUAAAACAUGUAUUUUUUCAAUAUAUGAAUUUGAAAGUACAUUUCUUUAACCAUUCAACUAAGGAAAUGUGGGAUAAUAAUAAAUUUAAGAUCGAAAAAAUCACAAACCCACUAACGGUAGAAGAAGCAGAAGGCGCUUUACAAGAUCCUAAAAUUCAAACAGUUGAUGAUAUGAUGGACCAUGCUGCGAUGAAUUUAGAACUGAUUAAAAAGUUCUACAUGAAUUAUGUGGCAAUAGAUGAAAAUGCCUGUCAGUCAUGCAAAAAUGAGCUUCUUGCCGGAGAAAUGCCGUGUGGUAUUUGUGAAAGAGUUUUUGACUAUACAUCUAGUGAUAUGGAUUUGAAGCCUCAUCUGGCGUUCUGUAAUGAAAAUGGCUGCAAGUUCAUAGCUCAUCUCCGUUGCCUCCAUAGAUAUUUUCUAGAUGAUGAACAACUGCGAAUUGGUAAACAAAAUCUAAUACCAAAAGAUGGGAAAUGCCCGGAUUGUGCAGCUCUUUUGAAUUUUAGCACAGUAGUUAAAUAUUCAAGACUUGUGAAGAAGUUUCAUGGUGCAAAUUGA